AUGAUGUGCCCUUGGCAGUUCCUAUUCAGGCCCCAAACAGGUCGGAACACAUCCCCCAAAGAGGAUAUAAACAAUAAUGUGGAAAAAGCAGUCCUGAAGGUUCACAGCUUCAUGAAAGAAGAAGCCACCAAGCUAAAUGAUCCGAGCAACAAACAGGAUGAGAUGCCGCGCAUCAUAACUGCAGGAGAGAAACCUCCGCAGAAUGGCAUCCAACCCAUGAGCCAAAUAUCUGGGUGUCCGAGACAUUUAAAAAUUAAAAACUGGGAAAAUGGAACCAGCUUUCACGACACGUUGCACCAGACGGCAAAGGGGGUUCUCAACUGCAAGGCCAAGGCCUGCCAGGGGGCCCUCAUGAACCCCAAAGGCUUGGUGAAAGGCCCCCGAGACAGUCCAGUCCCACCGGAAGAGAUUUUACCCCAGGCGAUAGAAUUCAUCAAUCAAUACUACAAUUCAUUUAAAGAGCCACAACCAGAAGAACACCAGCAGCGAAUGCAAUCAGUAACCGAAGAGAUAGAAACAACAGGAACCUACCAGCUGACGAGACAGGAACUCAUUUUUGCCACCAAACUGGCCUGGAGAAAUGCUCCGAGAUGCAUCGGGAGAAUACAAUGGUCCAACCUGCAGGUGUUUGAUGCACGUAACUGUACUACAGCCAAGGAAAUGUUUGAACACAUCUGUCGUCAUCUUGAAUACGCCACAAACAAUGGAAACAUCAGAUCGGCCAUCACGGUCUUCCCUCAGAGGACUGAUGGGAAACAUGAUUUCCGUUUGUGGAACAGCCAACUCAUCCGAUAUGCUGGGUACCAAAUGCCAGAUGGCUCCAUCUUGGGAGACCCAGCUACUGUGGAGUUUACACAGUUGUGCAUCGAGCUUGGGUGGAAGCCCAAAUAUGGCCGCUUUGAUGUCGUUCCACUGGUUCUCCAAGCAAACGGCCAAGACCCGGAAAUAUUUGAACUGCCGCCAGAACUUGUCCUUGAAGUGUCAAUGGAACAUCCAAAGUAUGAAUGGUUUAAGGAGCUUGAUUUGAAGUGGUACGCGCUGCCUGCUGUCGCCAACAUGCUGCUUGAAGUGGGGGGCCUGGAAUUUACAGCUUGCCCUUUUAACGGCUGGUACAUGGGGACAGAGAUAGGCGUGCGAGACUUCUGUGACGUACAGCGCUACAAUAUCCUGAAGGAAGUAGGGAGAAGGAUGGGUCUGGAAACCAACAAACUUUCCUCAUUAUGGAAAGAUCGAGCAGUGAUCGAGAUUAAUGUUGCUGUGCUUCAUAGUUUCCAAAAACAGAACGUCACCAUCAUGGAUCACCACUCCGCGGCGGAGUCUUUCAUGAAAUAUAUGCAGAACGAGUACCGCCUUCGAGGAGGGUGCCCAGCCGACUGGGUCUGGCUCGUGCCUCCGAUAUCAGGCAGCAUCACCCCAGUGUUUCACCAGGAGAUGCUCAACUACGUCCUCACACCUUUCUACUAUUACCAGGUGGAUGCUUGGAAAACACAUGUCUGGCACGAUGAGAAACGCAGGCCAAAGAAAAGGGAGAUCAAGUUUAGAGUUUUGGCGAAGGCUGCGUUCUUUGCAUCUACGUUGAUGCGGAAAACGAUGGCAGCCAGGUCCAAGGCAACAGUGAUCUAUGCCACGGAGACUGGGAAAUCUGAAACGCUGGCCAACAACCUGUGUGCCUUGUUCAACUGCGCCUUCAACACCAAGGUCCUCUGCAUGGAUGAAUACAAGCUCAGUGACCUGGAAAAAGAAACCCUCCUUCUAGUCGUGACCAGCACUUUUGGAAAUGGUGACUCUCCAGGCAACGGAAAGAAAUUGAAGAAUGCCCUGUUCACUCUGAAAAAGAUGAGCAAAAAAUUCAGAUAUGCUGUAUUUGGCCUGGGGUCAACUAUGUAUCCAGAGUUUUGUGCCUUCGCUCAUGCCGUUGACCAAAAACUUGCACAGUUAGGCGCCUCUCCGCUCACCCAAACAGGUGAAGGGGACGAACUCAAUGGGCAGGAAGAAGCCUUUCGCACAUGGGCAGUGAAUGCAUUCAAGACUGCCUGUGAGACUUUUGACAUCCGUGGAAAAAAUAGUAUUCAGUUACCCAAGGUUUACACCUCAAAUGAAACCUGGAAUCCCAAGAAUUACAGGAUAGCACAUGACUCCCAGCCUUUGGACUUGAGUAAAGCACUUGGAAACAUACACGCAAAAGAUGUGAUUCCCAUGAAGCUCAAGUUCAGGCAGAAUCUGCAAAGUUUAAAAUCCAGUCGUGUUACCAUCCUACUUAAGCUUUCCUGUGAGACUAAUCAGGAAGUGCACUAUCUGCCUGGAGAACAUGUUGGGAUUUUCCCAGGCAACCAGCCAGAAUUAGUCAGGGGCAUCAUUGAGCACGUUAAGGAUGCACCACCAACUGAUCAGACCAUCAGACUGGAAACCUGCAAUGAUGGUGGCUACUGGACCAGUGACAAGAAAAUUCCGCCCUGCACACUUUCCCAAGCCCUGACGUAUUUCCUGGAUAUCACUACACCACCCUCCCAACAUCUGCUAAAAAAACUCUCCCAGCUGGCAACAGAGGAAGGAGACAAACACAGACUGGAACUCUUAUGUCAUAGUUCAGAGGAGUACAACAAGUGGAAGUUUUUCAACAGCCCCACCAUUUUGGAGGUACUGAAAGAGUUUCCUUCCACCCAAGUCUCCACGUCUUUUUUAUUAACUCAGCUGCCUCUGCUGAAACCUCGGUACUAUUCCAUUAGCUCUUCACGGGACAUGACGCCCAAAGAGAUCCAUUUGACAGUUGCGGUGGUCAACUACAGGACAAGGGAUGGCCAAGGUCCUUUGCACCACGGUGUGUGCAGCACAUGGCUGAAUAUGAUAGAUCUUAAGGAGACGGUCCCAUGCUUUGUGCGCAGUGCUAGCGGAUUCCAGCUUCCGAAGGACCCCGCCAAGCCCUGCAUUCUGAUCGGCCCGGGAACAGGAAUCGCUCCAUUCAGAAGCUUCUGGCAGCAGCGUCUCUCUGACUUAGAAAAGAAAGGAAUUAAAGGCAGCGGCAUGACAUUGUUGUUUGGCUGCCGGCAGCCAGACAUGGAUCAUCUCUACAGAGAAGAAACUCAAGAAAUGAAAAGAAAAGGAGUGCUGAAAGAGGUCUACACAGCCUACUCACGGCAACCCGGCCAAGCUAAAGUCUACGUUCAAGACAUUCUUCAAAGCAAGCUGGAGGCAGAAGUGCACCAAGUCUUACAUGAAAAUGAAGGUCAUUUGUAUGUCUGCGGGGACGUGCGCAUGGCCAGGGACGUCGCCCAGACCUUGAAGGAGAUGUUCACAAAGAAACUGAAGCUGACAGAGGAACAGGCUGAAGACUAUAUCUUCCAGCUGAAGAGCCAAAAGCGAUACCAUGAAGACAUAUUUGGGGCUAUGGUUCCACAUGAGGGCAAGAGAAAUGCAAGCACUUUGAAACCCACCAGCCCAAGAACCACUCAACAGUUAAUGUUUUAG